CUCCCACUGAUGUUUUUAUUUAUUACAUCUGUGACUGGGUAGGGAAAUACUCCCGACUCGACCGAGAGAGCGUUUGCUACUUUGAGAACGAGCGACGCGCGUCCCUGCGAGUUACCGCGGCAGCCGCCUCCGUUGUCAUCGUCGCCGUCGCCGCCGCCGCCACCGUUAUCGCCGUUGUCGUCGUCGUCGCCGUCGCCGUCGCCGUCGUCUUCCUCCUCGCUGUCAUCUCGUCAUUGACAUCGUCACAGUCGUAUACACGUUACGGUUCCCUCGUGCUCACGCGUUUCGUCUAGAGCCCGGUGUAGUUGUCGCGAUUCGCUUUCCGUUUUUUUUUGUGAUAUGGAGGUAUCGUCGUCGUGAGCCAGUGCUAACGUCUCGCGCUGACCAACUCAGCGCGACAACAUUUGUCAUCGUGUUGUCAGCCUCGUCGUUGUGUUAUCGUCAAGUUAAAUCUUCGCGAUGGAUCGGUGAAAAGCAAAUACGCGCUGAAAGUGGACUGAAAGUGGACCGAAAGUUUGUUAUGAACACAGAAGUUCACGUGCGUGUGAAGACUGAAGAAAUCGUGCGGUCUGACUUGGGCCAAGACGCACGACUUUCAUUUGCAAUGAUAAAUAGCACGUUCGAUGGACGUUAGUUUGAAAGGUUAAAUCGUUUUACGUGCCACUUAUCGGUGCGGCUACGAGAGCUCGCAAAGAGGAUCGUGGAAGAAACGGCUUUAACAUGCAUUGAAACGAUAUCCACGCUCGAUUGUUCGAGUCGUACCGAUAUUCGCCAGCGGGCGAACACAGUGAUACGGCGACGUGAACGUCAGAGGCACGGAGCGUAUCGCUGGCGACAGGAACGUGCCGGAGUGUCUCGUCGUCUCUACGAGUUGUAGGAAGAACAGGGACGCGCGUUUUCGACCCUCCAUGGACCACGGAGCGAUGGACAGCUCUUCCGACCACAGCAGCCGUGCCAGUCCCGUAACCGGCAGUCCGAAACAUCCUCAUAGCCCGUCGACGCAACAGAGCCAGCAACAGCAGCAACAGCUCCACGGCAAUCAGCAUCAACCGCCGCCGUCUCAUCAGCAAUCGCACGGGCGCGAUCAGAUACGCGAUCAUCAGCAGCAGCAACCGCAGCAUCGCGGUGUGCCAACACCGGGAUCGCCUACGAGAGGCUCGCCACCCCAGGGCCUUCCUCUGAGUCCGCCGCCGUUGUCGGCCGGGGGCGGCCCCGGGGCACCGCCGGGGAUGGUGCCUCGUAUGCCGGGACUGCCGCCGCCGGGACUGGGACUGCUGGGCCAGCUCGGUGGUAUGCUCAGCGGACACCAUGGCUCACCGCUGGAGCUAAUGGCAGCCCAUCACGCGGUCCUGCCACCAAGAUCCUACAACAGUCCACCGCCGAUUAGCACUAGUGAUCCUACCGCCAACGAGUGCAAGUUGGUCGACUACCGCGGCCAAAAGGUCGCCGCGUUUAUAAUCGCCGGCGACACGAUGCUCUGUCUGCCUCAGGCCUUCGAGCUGUUUCUCAAACACCUCGUGGGCGGCCUCCACACAGUCUACACGAAGCUCAAGCGACUGGAUAUCGUGCCGUUGGUGUGUAACGUCGAGCAGGUGAGGAUCCUACGCGGUCUCGGAGCCAUCCAGCCCGGCGUCAAUCGGUGCAAGCUGCUCAGCUGCAAGGACUUCGACAUUCUUUACAGGGACUGCACCACGGCCAGCUCCAGGCCAGGAAGACCCCCAAAGCGAGCUUCCGUUGGACUGAGCCUCGCGGCGAGCCACCUAGCCGCGGCGGCUGGCCAUCAUCCUCAACACUCCCUGAAGAAGCACAGAAUGGACAACGGCGAUUAUUACGAAAACGGACACCUCGAUGUACCAAGGAUGGAGAAAUCACCGCUUCUGGCGAAUGGAUACAAUCACCCUCCCACGCACCUGAGUCACAUGCAGUUCAUGCAACUCGGCGGGCAUCCAGGUGCCGGACACACCGCCAUCCUGUCACCGGCCAGUCUGCCGCAUCACCUACAAGCGCAGGCACAGGCUCGGGCCGAGCAGGGUCUCAAGGUCAACCCGAAUAUGACGAAUAUGGAAGCCCUCGCGAGGUCCGGGACGGUUUGGGAAAACUGCCGAGCUGCCUACGAAGAUAUUGUCAAACAUCUCGAAAGGCUCCGCGAGGAGAGGGGCGACGCCGAGAGAGCGCUGGCUUUGGACCACAAACCCAGGGAUCUCAGCUCGCACAAUGGCUCCUCCAACGGUCACAGCCCGGUUCUAAAUCUCUCCAAAACGGCGGGAAGCGGAAGCGUGGGCGAGCAGUCCGGAAGCGAGGCAGGCGCGUCGCAUCGUUCUCAAGACGACGAGGAGGAGGACGACAAUCUGUCGGAGGACCUCGAAGACGACAAUGAAAAGGACGAAGAUUUGUCGGACGUGCCGGAGAAUCUGCCGUUGCCAGCGCCGGGCUCGGAAAGUCCUCCCCAGGCCCUGAACUACUCGCAGAUAGCCUCGGCGGCGGUCGCCGUAUCUCAGAGCGCCCAGGACCCCUCGGUCUCGAGUACGGAGACCCUGCUGAGGAAUAUCCAGGGCUUGCUCAAGGUCGCGGCCGACAACGCGAGGCAGCAGGAGAGGCAAAUCAACUACGAGAAAGCCGAGUUGAAAAUGGACGUUCUCCGGGAGCGAGAGGUCAAGGACAGUCUAGAGCGGCAGCUACAGGACGAGCAGAAGGUGCGAGUGGUUUAUCAGAAACGGUUAAAGAAGGAACGGAGAGCGAGGAAACGGCUGCAGGAACAGUUGGACCUGGAAAUCAAGAGGCGCACACAAUUGGAGGAGGCCCUCAAAGCCACGGGCGCGUCUUCGGAGCAAGUCAGAGCGAUCACCGAGAACGUAACGGCGGAGGCGCGCACGAGUUCGGAGCCGCCGGAGGCUAGUCCGGUACAUUCUCAGUCGCAGCAGCAAUCGUCGCAGCAACAACCGCCGCAGCAACCCCUUCAGCAGCAACAGGCAGCGGCCCAGCAGUACCGGGAGGCGCAAGUGCCGCGUCCUUCCCAGCAACCGUCGACGCCGGAGAAGCCCGCAUGGGGAUAUGGGCUGGAUCUCAUCGGUAGCCAGGCGUCGGCCUUCUGGCAAAAUUACCAAGAAUCGCUGGUGCAGGAGCUCGAGCUGGAGAGAAAAUCGCGGCAGCACCAAGCGGCCGAGAGGGACCAAGUCAAGUCUCCUCUUCAAGAGUCGCGGACGGGUUACUACAAAAACUCCGUUCUGUUUACGAGCGCGACCUAGAAGAGGCCGGACGACGGCAGGCGGGGGCAGCAGGCAGAUCGUGCAGCGAGCAGCCGAAGCGAAUGAUCGAUCGGACGAAGUAGGAAGCGCAAUUCGAAGCCACGAGAGCGGACCCACACAACGAGAGAGCGGGCAGAAGCGGCAGAAUCGUGAUGAUCGACCGCGAGAAGAAACCGUACGGAUUCGACGAGGAAGAUCAAGACUCCGAGUGAGACGAUCUCGCGCAAGUGUCCGCGGAGACUUAUAUGUAUAGCAGUGCGAACGCGCGAAUGCCGGGAGGUUCCACGAGAGUAUCUUGUCGUCGGGAGAUUCGUAAGUUCCGGACACAGUAUCGAUACGAGCGUGCGCUAAGCGAUGGCAGACUCGAUUUCGAUGAACGAAUUAAAAAAGCGCGCGGUUGUUCAUGCGUUUGUACAGGGCCGCGAUCGGCCGCGUUUUUCGACGCUCGAGGGGGCAGGAUAAGCGAAGCCCUCGAAUCGAGAUCGGUCCGGUCGGGAUUCGCGAACUGGGAACCGCGGACCGAUCCGCACACAUAUCAACGACGCGAUAUUCGCCCGAUCUCCCAAAUUCGCGUUCGCGGCGAUCGUGGGGUCGCGUCGUUCGUUCGACGACGGCGGAACCCCCGGAAGGAGACAAUUCUCUAAAUGUACGCACCAUCGAUUGUACCCGUUGACGGAUGAUGACCGAACAUUGCGUGACUUUCGCGAUAUCGCGACGAUCGCGGACAAGUAGGCGGAGGGGACGGUAAAGGAAAUCGGGAGCAAGGGGAGAGAAGGAGAGGCGGACGAGAGAGAGAUAUAAGAGAGGCAUAUUUCUAAAGACUGCUGGAGAGUGCGUGCGUGAGUGCAUGCGUUCCUAGAGGUACCUAUCUCCUAAUUAUCGAGCGAAUUAAUUAGAUAAUCGUUUUUAAGGGAUUCCAGGCGAUCGGGCGCGGCCACGCCGUCGUCGCGCGCAUCGUGAGGCGCGCCGAUUUCGAGUAUUAUUAUCAUUAUUAAUAUUAUUAUAUACGUCGCCGCGGCGGCGCGCGCGAGGCCCAAUCCGAUCGCCAGCUGCGAAACGAAUGUCGAGUCGCGGGCCCUCGUCGCGACCGGCCCAUUCGAUAUAUCCCGGAAUCGGCGUCUUCGGUGGCGCCGAUCGUUGCGUCUCGAUGUCGCGACGAUUUUUCGCGAGAAUGCAGUUCUCUCUCGCCGGGCACGUCGCAGCGCCGAGAAAUGCGUCGGCUUUUUGUAAAAUGAGCGUAAGAGCGCGAAAAUUGACGAGCGAGUCUCUUCUGGAUUCGACGCGGAACGAGAUUAGAGCCGCGACUCGAGUGCUGUAUCAUAGAAAAACGAGAGAGGGAGCGAGGCAGAGAAAGAGAGAGAGAGAUAUAUAGAGAGAGAAAGAGAGUAAGAAUGUCUCGAUGAAAAAAUGAGCGAGUGAAAGAAAGAGCGAACGGCAGAUAUAUAGAGAGAGAGGGAAAGAGAGGGAGAAAACGAGAGCAAACGUGAUAGAGUCUUACGAGUAUUUGCGUGCGUGAGUGCGUGUGUAUGUAUGGUAAAAAACAGAACAACGGAGGAUUCUCUCCUAGCGUCUUAAAUCGUAACAUCUUAUUUAUAUAAAUAACUUAGUUACUACCGAAACAAGUAAGUCUAAUCCAUAUUGCGUGUGUCCCGCGUUUGCGUUGACCGCCGGAGAAUCCGGCGAAAUAUCUUUGGCGCGUGCGAAAAUAGAUAAAGCGAGGAAAAAGGAAACGGCAGCGGAAAAGAGACAUCCGAAUUCGACGAUCCCGUAAGACGCGCGUUCGCGCCGAUACAGAGCGAGGAAGGCGCCAAGGAUAUUUCCCCGGGGACGGUCCCCGUAUUUAAGAUCCAUGUACAAAGUCUUUUGCCGUAAGGUUCUUGUGUUGUAAAGUUCACAUAAUCAUAGUGUCUAGUAUCGUACCAGCUAAAGCCCGUUAAGACGAUGCUAAACGUAGAGAAACGAAAAUUUAACCACCGAUAGCUGAUCCGUAUUUGCCAUCGCCGCUACCGAUUGACGGAGGGAAAGGAAGGAGGGAAUGGUAACCGUGAGGGGGGGUUGACACGAAGGGCAUUCAAGUAACGUUUUUCACGAUUGAGAACCGUAGGGAUUGACUCUAAUCGGCAAACGCCGAUCGCAAGGAUGACUUUGGCCGACGCCAAAUAGUACAAAUUAAAUCUCAAGAACAGAGAUUAACGGAGCGAACCGAUUGAAACGAUUUCUCACGCGAGACAGGCAAUAUUGACGGCUAUCGAUCACGCACAAAUUUUCACCGUAAAUAAGUUCCGAAAAGAAUAGCGAAUAUAUUUCAAAUCGUUUAGUUUCCGAUGCAACAAAAUGAAUGUCGAAAUGAUCGCCGAAUGUGCGGUUCUCGGUCGAGAAAAGCGAUACCGAGGUGUUGAGGGUGAAGGUGACAUGGACUGCGCGAAGAAGAGAAGUGCAAGACGUUUGCGGGGCGGAGUUGGGAAUGAGGAGAAGGGGGGGGAGAGACUUUGUCGUCGCCACACUGCGAGUCACGGCGACGGUGACUAGUGACGCCGAUUUCGCGACCGGACUUAUACAAUCUAGUAUCGAGGCAAGAAGUGUAUUCAUUGUAAUUCAGCAUUAUUACCUAUAAAUAAAUAGUUGUUAUUGUAAA